UUCAGAUAAAAAUCUUAGCUAAAGAACAGCUUCCACAUAUACCUCCACUAGGAAUUAAAAAACGAGUCCUUGGGGCUGAAAUGACAGAGAAAUGACCAUAUCAAAUGGGAGAACGAGUUUGAACCAUUACUGAUAACAAAGGGAAAAGAAUCUUUCAAAAGGUAGAAUGUUUGCAAUCAUGAGAGGAAGUUCAGAGAUAAAUUUAGUAGAUGGAUAAGGAAGGAUGGUACAGGAAUGAAAGAAACUGAUGAACUAACAGAUCCAGGCUCAAGUCAACUUUAGUUUCUCAGACAUCCAAUCAUGACACUAGAUCAACAACAAAUGCAAAUAAAAUAUGACUAAGGACAUAUAAUUUUUUCAAUAUUUGGGGAGAACAAAAAGGGGUUAAGACAGAUGUUUCAUAUUCUAAGGACAAAUAACUAAUACGUUUAAGCCUCUCUCCUCAACAGCGCUCGGAACUGUAGCAAACAAAGACUUCGAAUAUUUUAAUAAAAGAGAGACAAAAAAAAAAAAACCAUGGCUAAAAGUUUCAAAGAUUCCUCCCACCAAUCCCCACUCAUAGAUCCCAACCACCACUGCAUAUUUUUGACAAUACAAAAGAAUGAUGAGUUAACAACCCAGGUUGAGGAACAGACAGUACCUGACUUUUAUAUAAACUUUUAAAAACCUCAACCAAACAUCAAAUCCUCCAAAAGAACAGCACAAAUAGCUUAGAAAAUACCCCACCAUUGUCUGUUUAUAAAGGGCGUAAGUGACCUCUUGCUUUAUUUUAUUGCAUUCUACGAAAACAUUAUUUGGCUCUAUCCUAAUCUUUAGUCAAUGAUUAAAUCCACCUUCUCCCUCUCCCAUCAAAAGGGUCUCUAAGCCUCUUCCCCUCUCUCUGAAAUAUUUGAUCACCAAGCAAAAUGACCAUUGAAGAACCAGGGCCAAACCACCCUUCAGAUCACAUAUUGGACUGGUUAGAGGAUUCAGCUCCUUUCUUUUCCCCAUUCCUGGACGAGACUUACAACUCUAGCUCUAUAAACUGCUAUCAAUGGUGGGAUGAGAGCCAAAACAUAGGCCAAGAUCUGAUUAAUGGCUGUCUCAGUAGCUCCCCUGCCGCUGCCACCACAGACAGUACUACACCACCAAACACUACCAGUUUGACGCCAUCGGAUUUGUCAAAGAAAAGGAAAGCCCCAGAUGACACAGGUCAUAAGACAACACAACCCCAUCAGAACCCAAGGAAGAACCAGAACAAUCAGAGCAAAAAUGGUGCAGAUAAAGGCGGUGGGGGGGUGGUAAAGAAGUCAGUGGGGAACAAGAAAAGUUCAUCAAAAUCCACAGGAAAUAAUUAUAAUAACGGAAGUAACAAGGAAGGAAGGUGGGCGGAGCAAUUGCUAAAUCCCUGUGCAAAUGCUAUCAUAAAAGGAGAUGCGACACGAGUACAUCACCUUAUUUGUGUUCUGCAAGAGCUCGCUUCCCCCACCGGCGACGCCAAUCACCGGCUCGCCGAUCAUGGUCUCCGAGCUCUGGCCCAUCACCUGUCCUCCAAUUCAUCAUCUUCUUCUUCCACACUUGCGCCGGUGGUUAAUUUCGCUUCGACGGACGCGCGAUUCUUCCAGCGGUCGUUGAUCAAAUUCCACGAGGUGAGUCCCUGGUUUGCUCUUCCGAACAACAUCGCGAAUUCUUCAAUCCUCCACACUCUCUCUGAAGAACCUAAUCUCUCGCGCAAUCUUCACAUUCUUGACAUUGGGGUUUCUCACGGUGUGCAAUGGCCGACGCUGCUCGAGGCCUUGACUCGCCGUUCCGGUGGGCCUCCGCCGCUAAUUCGGCUCACAGUUGUCGCUCCCACCGUCGAACACGACCAAACUGCGGAGACGCCGUUCUCCAUUGGUCCACCGGGAGACAACAUCUCCUCUCGGCUACUUAGUUUCGCCAAAUCCUUGAACAUCAAUUUACAGAUCAACCGCCUCGACAAUCACUCGUUACAGAACUUAAAUUCGCAAGUAAUCGGUAAGUUCCGGGACGAAAUUUUGAUCGUUUGCGCACACUUCAGACUCCACCAGUUGAAACACCGCGCUCCAGACGAAAGAACAGAGUUCCUACGAAAUCUGAGAAAAAUGGAGCCAAAUGCAGUGAUUCUGAGCGAAAACAACAUAGCAUGUAGCUGCAGCAACUGCGGGAAUUUCGACAUCACAUUCACUCGGCGAGUGGAGUACUUGUGGAGGUUUCUGGACUCGACGAGCUCCGCAUUCAAAGGGCGAGAAAGCGACGAAAGAAGAGUGAUGGAAGGAGAGGCGGCGAAGGCGUUGACGAAUCAGGGCGAAAUGAACGAGGAAAAGGAGAAAUGGUACGAGAGAAUGAGAAAUGCAGGAUUCGCUAGAAAAUUCUUCGCAGAAGRCACCAUUGAUACGGCUCGAGCUUCCAUGAGAAGAUAUGACAAUAACUGGGAAAUGAGAAUGGAAGAGAAAGAUGGAUGCGUGGGGUUAUGGUGGAAAGGGCAGCCAAUUUCGUUUUGUUCGUUUUGGAAAUUGGGAGCGAAACCCAAUGGCGGUUAAAACAGUUAUGGCUUCUUCUUCUUCUUCUUCUUCUUCUUCAAUAAUUUUCAGUGCAGAGUUCUGAAAGCUAUAGAAUCAAACCGCUGGUUUUUUAUUGCUGAUCUCUGCCAUCUCUGUGCUUAGUUAUGGCUUUGUUUUGGAAUUUGGGUGUUUCAAUUUAAUUCUACAACUUACCAUAAUCUCUUGAUUUCAGCUUCUUCUUCUUUCAAGUUCAUCAAACUGUAACAAAAUUGUCAAACGAGCAGUCUUGUUCAA